UUUUCACCGAUCGCGUUGUACAACGUCCAUCGUUGUUUACAUAUGUUCUAAAUUAGAUCUGCUAGGCCAAAUCAGACAGAGAAGUUUCAAAAUGUCUUUGAUCGCCAAUAUGUCAAAACUACAGUUGUUAAAUGUGUUCGUCGCCGAGCGUUUGUCGGCGGCUGCUGUGGAGAUAUUCGGGGCCGUAGAGAAGACCAUUGCAGAGUUUCAGGAACUAAUCUGUUCAGCAGAGGAGAACGAGGGUCUACGGAGGCUGUUGGCCAUGGUUAUCAAACCAAAGAUAAAGUUACACAGAGUUGACUUCCAGCAACUCACUCCCUCUGUUCCCCCUGAGCAGCAGAACUGUGAGCAGGAGUGGAGCCCCAGUCUGGGGCAGGAGGACCCAGAACCCACACAGAUUAAAGAGGAACAAUAAGAGCUCAGACUCAGUCAGGAGGACCCACCUCAGCUCUCACAUCUUUACCAAAACCAAACUGUGGAUGAUCGAGAGAGGAGCGCUCUACCUAUCAUCAUAACUGAAGAGAUCAAAACAGAACCUGAUGGAGAGGGCUACAGAGUACCACAACCAACCAGUGAUCAGCCCCACUCAGUUCAUCCAGACUGCUCUGCUGCAGUGGAGAAACUAUAUCAGUGUAAACAAUGUGGCAACAGCUUCACACGUAAGGGACACUUGACCAUCCAUUCAAGAACACACAUAGGAGAGAAAUCUUAUCUGUGCAAACAAUGUGGCAAAAGCUUAAUCCAGAAAGGUGACUUGCACAGACAUACAAGGAUACACACAGGGGAGAGAUCUUUUCAGUGUGAAGACAGUGGCAAAGCUUUCAACCAGAAGAUAGAAUUGACAUUGCAUAUGAGAGUUCAUAGAGGACAGAGACCAUACAGCUGUCCUGAUUGCAGGAAAAGUUACAUGGAAUUAAGCCAUUUAAGACGUCAUCAGAGCGUUCACACAGUCAUCAGAGUGUUCACACAGGGGAGAAACUUCAUCCUUGCAAAGAAUGUGACAAAUGCUUUAGUUAUAAAGGAAGCUUGAAGUUGCAUAUGAGCACUCACACAAAAGGGAUACAUAAUAUCCCUGCAAUGAGUGCAGCAAGUGAAUCUGAAGUGAAUACAACAAAUUAUACUUUAUCAUUGUGGAUUUCUUGUUACAUCCAACUUUAAAUUAAUGUUCUAUUUUCUGGCACUAGACAAAAAAGCGAAUUGAGUUGUGUGUGUGGAGGGGGAAGCAUCACUCAGUGUCAGCUUUUUAAGGUGAAUCUAGCUCUCACUUUCAGGGACCUACCCUCCAGGACACUGCUGGCUUCAGGAAGUCCUCACCACUGUAUCUAGCACAGAGCACACACUUGGAUUUCUAAACAACAGGAGUUCUUAUUCAAUUGUUUAACAAUUACAUACAGGAUAUCUUCUAUCUGUACUGAUGGCUGCAUGUUAGCAUAUUGAAGUGGCCCAUCACAUCUGUAUUGACUCAAUACAGCAAAUAAACUUUGUUUCAAUAAAGUUGUUUAUUUCAAUGGAUGUCAUUGUGAAACCCUAUUUU